AUGUCGUCAUACCGAUAUUAUUCACAUCAGUCUACUCCAUCUUUUUUUGCCAUACCAGUGGCUUUCUUAGUGCUCACCUUCUCGCUUCUUAGUUUAGCCGCCGGAAAUGUAGGUAGCAGUUCGAAUCCGGUUUCAGAGUGUUCCACUGGUUACGAGAAAGGAUCCAAUCAUGGCAGAUUAGAUCACGUCAAGGUGUUCGGUGCGGGCAUCAAGCCAUCCGUGAAGCUGAACCAGCAACUCUGCUUCAACAUCUCAGCAGAGGAUUCAGAGGGCCGUCGUCUGGACAAGGGCUGCUCGCCGGCGACAACCACGUGGGAGGUGCUCCUUCACUCCGCGGACGGCCGAAUCCGCCUCAGCGCGCCCGUCACGCAUGCUGCAGACGAGGGGUACCACGUGGUGCGUGUGUGCUGGCUGGGUUUUGGGACCGGUCAUGGCGAGUACGUGGUGUCCGUGUACCUCACGGGCGUGCAUGCGGCCUCGCUGACGGGCAGCAGGGACGAGGAGAAGGCCCUGAAGCACCUCAAGUUCCAGCUCGUCGGCCAGUACAACGUGUCUGCACAGGUGGGGGAUGGGGUGCUGUGCGUGCAGGCAACGGCUGUGGGAUUUUUCGACACCAUAAACGACGCGGACGAGGCGUUGAGGCAUCUCAAGUUUCGGCUCGUCGGCCAGUACAACGUAUCUUCCCAGCCAUCAGACCCAGAGGCGUACAAGAAAGAGUAUGCUCGCCUGCAGGCGGCACUACCAGGCUGCACGGCACAGGUGCUGGAGGAAUCGGGGAACGCAGGGCGGUGGAUUGAUCAGCAGUGGUUCCCCUUCGCCUGCAAUGUUCAACGAAUUACCCCGGGUGCUGCGCGCGCAUGCUUGAAGGGAAAACGACUGCUGGUGGUGGGGGACAGCCAGCAGUGGGUGCUCUUCUCGCACAUGCUCUCCUUCCUCUCCUCCUCCUCCCGCUGCCACCUCCUCCAAGGCCUGGGCGACCGCCGCUCCUCCCUCGUUCGCCUCAGAUGUGAUAAGGCGCACAUGCAGGGGCCUGUGCCGUGGGUGCCGGGAUCAGAGGGGCAGCACGUGGCAGUGCACCACACCUACUUCACCCCCACUGUUGCCGCCACCUACUAUGGCGCAGAGGGCAACGGAUUCGCUGUUGCAAGAAUACCAGUGGAUCUGAAUGCAACCACCCCGGAUUCAGCUCUCCUCAACAAGAGGAGGCGCUGGCAGGACCAGGAUGAACCUGCUCCAAGCACUGAUGGAACGCCAAGUGCCAGCAGCAGCAGGAGGGGGAACGGAGACAGAAUUCAAGGAGGAGUGGAGAUGUAUGAUUCAGUGGAGGGCCGGGAUGUGCUUGAUAUGACUGCUACAGACGACGACCCUCGGGAUCUCCGCACGGCGAGCAGGAUUCGGGAGGAGGAGCAGGAGAGGGAGCGGCAGCGGGCGGCAGAUGCCGACCAGAUCGUGGCGGUGUUUGUGGCGCACUCCAACGCGUCAGAGCCGCUGUACCGGGAUUGGAUGGUGAACCACACGCGGCGCGGCCCUCUGGCCAAUGAGCACGCGCCGUUUGACUUUGUGCUGGCGUCCAGUGGGCUGCAUGACCUGGCAGCGUUUGAUUCGCCGGAGGAAUAUGCCGCGGCGCUUGACCGGGAGUUUGUGGCGUCGGUGCGCUUUGCUGUGAAUGGCGGCAUGGGAGGGCCGGGGUCAGCAGUGGUGUGGUUGGGGCCAUGGGCAGUGCAGCAGUCAGCCGUUGCUCCUAACCUGCUGCAUUCCAUAAAUCACCCCCGCCUCUCUGCUUUCGACUCCGCCGCACACAGUGCAGCAGUCAGCUGUUGCCCCUAA